AUGGCGGCACUUCGGCAAUUUCCGGACACCUUCGGCUCUUUCCGACCCAGUUCGGGCUCGGUUCGUUCGGCCCAGUUCAGCCCAGUUUGGGCCCAGUUCAGCGUCUCCGGCCCCCUCAGCCCCCUGCCCGGCCCAUGGGCCCCUCCCCCGCCGCAGGAGGAGGACGAGGAGGAGGAGGGCGAGGAGGAAGAGCCCGGGACGGGUCGCAGGAGCCGCUUCAAGGCAUGGCCGGACCCUCAGGCGGGUCCGCUGCGGUUCCGCUUCGGCUCCGCUUCGGCUCUUUUCGUUCUGCCCUCAAUUUUCACUCAUUUCCCGCCAGUUUUAAAUUUUUGUGGUUUUUUUUUCCCGCGAAUUUCCCAAACCCCACCCCCAAAAUUUUCGGCGUUUCGAGGGGUUUCCCUCGAUGGGCGUGGCCAAAACGCGCUGUGGGCGUGGCCUCACCCUCAACGGGCGUGUCCACGACGAAGAGGGCGUGGUCUCCGGGAAGUGGGCGUGGCCCCGGUUUUUUUGGGGAUUCCCCGCGCGCUUCCGCUCCCGCGGCGACUCCGGCGGGGCCCAAAAUCCGAGGGGGGGUCCCCAAAAUCCGGGACCCCCCGAUGGCCGAGGAGCUGCCCGUGGAUCUGCGCACGCGGCGCCCCCAAAAUCCCCCCAAACCCCCCCAAAAAUGCCGCCCCUCCCCCCCCCCCGAAACUUCGCUGCCGCUCCGGAAGCGCCGCUCGGUUUUGGGGGGGGGAAGCCCCCAAAUUUUGGGGGAAACCCCCCCGAACCCCCAAAUUCGGGCACCCCCAGCUGGAAAAAACCCCCAAAUUCGGGAUCGGCACAGGUUUGAGGGCGGAGCCGCCGCUGCCGUUUUUGGGGGCAGGGGGAAUUUUGGGGGUUCCCCCUGCCCCGAUUUUGGGCUCCCCAAAUUUGGGGGUCCCCCCUGAGCCCCCCUUGGCCGCCGCCAUCGCCGCCGCCACCCGGCAGGACGAGGACGGGGACACGCCCCUGCACAUCGCGGUGGCCCAGGGCGCGGUGGCCGUGGCCCGCAGGUUGGUGGCCCUGUUCCUGCGGGGGGGGCGCGACCUCGACGUCUACAACCACCUGAGACAGACCCCCCUGCACCUGGCGGUGAUCACGGGCCAGGUAGCCCUGGUGCGGCUCCUGGUAGCCCACGGCGCGUCGCCGAUGGCCCCGGACCGCCUGGGCCGCACCUGCGCUCACCUGGCCUGCGGCUCGCACCUGCCGGGGGGCGGGGCCACGGCCGGGCCACGCCCCCGCGUCCUGCGCGAGCUCCUGAGGAGCCCCGGGCCCCCCCCGGACCUGCAGGCGCGAGACUACGAGGGUCCCCACACCUGGUGGCCCAGGUGUCACUCCAGGUGGCAAUGUCCCCACACCUGCUGGCCCAGGUGUCACUCCGGGUGGCAAUGUCCCCACACCUGCUGGCCCAGGUGUCACUCCGGGUGGCAGUGUCCCCGUGCCGGUGCCAGCCCUGCUGUCCCUCCCUCUGUGCCGCCCGCAGGUGCCACCGUGUGCCAGCCGCCGCCGUGUCCCCCGGGCCAGCGCGUCACCUGCGAGCCGCAGGACGGCGAGGACGUGCGCGUCAUCGGGGGCUACCCCUGCCUGCCGCUGUCCCAGCCCUGGCAGGUGCUGCUCUACGGCCCCCUGCGCUGCGGGGGCGUCCUGCUGCGGCCCCUCUGGGUGCUCACCGCCGCCCACUGCGCCAAGAGGGGUCUCCGCGUGCGGCUGGGCGAGGACGACCUGACGCGGCGCGAGGGGACGGAGCAGGAGCGGCGCGUGGCGCUGGCCGUGACCCACCCGCGCUUCGACCCGGCCACGCUGGACAACGACCUGGCCCUGCUGCGGCUGGACCGGCCGGCGGCCAUCGGCCGCGGCGUCCGGCCACUGGCCCUGCCCCGCGCCUGCGCCCCGGCCGGAGCCUCCUGCCUGCUGUCCGGCUGGGGGACGGUCACCACGCCGCAGGUGACCCUGCCGAACCGCCUGAUCUGCGCCUACGUGCAGGUGCUGUCGGACGCCGCGUGCCGCCGCGCGUACCCGCAGCGCAUCACGCCCAGCAUGCUCUGCGCCGGCGUCCGCAACCGCCGCGUCGACUCCUGCCAGGGUGACUCCGGGGGUCCCCUCUCCUGUAACGGGACCCUCCAGGGCGUCGUCUCCUGGGGGCUGCAGACCUGCGCCCUGCCCGGCCACCCCGGCGUCUACACCAAGGUGUGCGAGUUCGUGUCCUGGAUCCAGGACACCAUGGACAGCACGUAGGGACAUGGGGACAUUGGGACACCUUGGGGACACCUCGGGGACACCUUGGGGACACCUCGGGGA